UUUAGGUAUUUCAAUAGUUAUAGCUUUACAAUCAUACUACCUUGUAUUAUAUAAAAAUGGUGCUGUUACGAACAUUUGCCUUUUUGUUGUUUUUAUUGUGUGCAACGGGUGCUUUUUCGCAGAUCCAUGAUGAAGGAUUUUGCUAUCAGCAAUAUAUACCACCUCACAACGGAUUUCCCCAGGCGAUCUGUCGUAGACCGAUAGGAGGAAAUCCCACAUUUCGGGAUGUUUUUAUAAGAAAUGCACUUACUUGUUGCCGUAGAAGAGCAGCAGCAGGAUGGGGGGAUGACUCGAGUUGUAAGCCUUGUUCUGCAAUCCGAGGUUUUCUUUCACCGUGGGGUGAUUGGUCACGUUGCAGUAAGUCAUGUGGCAGAGGAGAGCAGCGGCGCAUCAGGUAUUGUAGCAACGGGGUCUGUGCCGGCGUGAGAGGACGACGACAAUCAGAAACUCGGACUUGCGUUUGGAAAACUUGCUGUCCUGAUGAUGGUAACUGGGCUUCUUGGUCUCAUUGGAGCGACUGCAGUGAAUCGUGCGGAGAUGGAUUGCAAUAUCGUACCAGGACUUGUUCAAAUCCCUCUCCACGUUGUGGAGGAGACCCAUGUAGUGGAUUUCCACGUCAAAUGCAACGAUGUCAAAUAGGACCAUGUGCAAAAUGGAGCUCGUGGGUGACAUCUGGUGUUUGUAGUGUUACUUGUGGAAUUGGAACCAUGAUGAGAUCACGAUUUUGUUACAGUCCAAUGGGAGAUGAAUGCGAGGGAGAAUCUAUCGAUUUUUAUCCAUGCAGUGUUGGUUCUUGUGUUGUCGACGGAAAGUGGUGUAGCUGGAGCUCAUGGUCUACCUGCACCACGACCUGUAAUCAUUCAAUCGGGACACGAAAAAGAAGUAGAUCCUGCGCAUGUCCUGCCCCAGAGAAUGAAGGAAGAGAAUGUUCAGGAUCUGACGGCGAUGUUGAACAGUGCUUGUCAAAAACAUUGUGUCCAAUCGAUGGAGACUGGAGUCUUUGGUCUAGUUGGAGUUCUUGUUCGUCUGAAAGAUGUUCUCUACAACCUGGGACACGAUCUCGUAGCAGGGCAUGUGAUAAUCCCAUGCCUAAAUACGGAGGACAAAAAUGCAGAGGCAAGUCGGAGGUGAAGCAAGAGUGUCUCAAUCUUGAAAGCUGCCAGGUUGAGGGUGUUUAUGGACAAUGGUCAGCAUGGUCACCAUGUACGUCGUCUUGUGGUUCAUGCGGAAUUAAACUCCGAACAAGAAAAUGCAUACACAUGGUCGAGGCACCAAACACCGAAAUUAUUGGCAACCCUGAAAUAUUUUGCGACAGCGACAAGGAAUUGGGAACUGAAUCCUGUUAUACAGGGCUUUGUCCGGACGGCUCAAAUCCUUGUGGAUCUGUUGCUUUGCCAGCUGACGAUAAAAGUCAGGAAAACGCAGUCAUAGAAGAUAAUUUUGAUAUGUACCAACGAUCCGAUCAAAAAACGGGUGAUGUGGCUGAGGCCUCGACAGAUUAUUCCGACAAUUCAUAUGAUUAUUCACAUGGAUACAAUUACUAUAGUGGGGACCAUAAUUAUGAAGUAUCAAAAUACUCAAGCUAUGAUUACGACCAAACGCACGAAUCCAACGGUUUUAAUGUGAACAGUGAAGAUGUUGUGCCCGACUCUUGGACUAGACUUGAUCUUCCAUUAGAUGGCAACAUCGACGACAAUGUUCCGGUUAGAGCGUUGGAAAGUGAGGAUGAUGAUGAGACGCCUAAUAGCGACAGCGUGAAUGAAUACGAAGAAGAUGACGACACAAUGGCACGUUUUGAGGAUUCGGUAUCUUCAGGCGAAGGACCUGAUUCUCCAUUAGAAAUAUUGCACGAAGACCAAAUAGCCGGUUGCAACGAAAUGAAUAACUUGAAAGGAAAAAAAUUAUCGAGGGCAAAAGGUUGUUGUGAAGUUCUGGCUCAUGGUAUGAACAACAGCGAUGUAUAUUCGCCAGAAAGGCUGGAAGAAUGCUUUACCUUGCACUUCCAAGCGGCAGUAGAUCAUGCGGAUUCAAUGUACGAUGCAGACCAAUUGUACGACAAUGACAUACUCACUGGUCGGGGUGUUCAGCGCAAUACCUGUAUAUACGAGAAAAAUGAAAGAUUUCUGCAAACCAUAUGCUGCUUAAUGAAAGAUUGUAAUACGUGGAAAAAUGGGAGAUUGCGAUAUCAAUGCAAGGUGUGCAGAGGUCUUGACAGCUGUCAAUCGUGUCUCCAUUUGCUCAUAAGCGGAUAAAAAGUGAUGUCCAAAUAAUGAUAUAUAAACGUUCUUUAACUUAUUUUUCAUGCUUUCUUCACGUUGCUAAUUACUUGCAUUCAUUAAACUUAAUCACGCUAAACAGACAGAUAUUGAAUGCAAUGAAAAAUUCUUUGAUUUUGGGGUCGAUCACAUGGUGACAGCAAAUACAAAAUUAUGUUUUCAACCAUGAGUAAUGAGUAGAAUAAAUUUGGUUUCCUAAAAUAAAUAUAGUCUUACUCCUGUCGAAAUUUUACGGACUUUUUUCUUCAGAUGUUUGUAAUUUUGGUCUUCGAAGCAAUAUUAUUAAAUUUAAUGGAAUUACAAUCAAGGAUAAACAAAUAUUCGUUGUUUCUGUCAUAUUUGUUCACAGAUUAUUUACAUCUAUUGCCGUUUUCAUAACAUUCUAUAAUGUACAUAUUUUUUCUCAUAUAAAAAUUUUGUUUUCCGUCUAUAUACCGUUGAAUUUUGCCUCAGUGUAAUGUUCUAUAUUUUCAGUGUUCUUUAUUUUUUCUAGUUCGAAAAGAUAGAAUAAAAAGUUUUGUAGAGUUGUUUUAAAA